AUGAUGCCAUUGUCCGGGGCCAAAGCCACGACUCUGGGGCCCCGCUCGGAGCCAAAUGUCCCCAGCAGAAGCCAGCAGAAGCCAGCCGUCAUGUGUGUCCUGAGCCGCGGCCAAGACCCGGCCUGGUUGCCACGGCUGCGGCUAACGCUUCAGAACGAUAGCGACGUGCUAAUCCCGCGCACACCGGGAGCCAGCACUGAUUAG